GUGCGUCGUUUAUUUGAAGUUGUGCACAGGAAUACAUGGUAAACAUGGCAUAUUACACACGUGCAUCGAAAAAGCCAAACCAUUACAACUUCAACUGCUUCCCCUAAUGUCACACAAUAGCCCACACUACACUACAUUGUAGCCUAAACACGGGAGAGGACGAGAAAUACGACCCUAGCUCUUCACGCACGUUGCAUAGCUUGGAUUAUGAAAAACGGAUUCAUGUGAGAAACAAACAGCCAAAACCAUUUGAAAACAACAACAAAAAUAAUCACUUCAGGGGAGAAAUGGAAAUAAAAUGGAUUCAAAACACAAUUUUGGCGGUCUGACGUAAGACUCAUUCCCACAAUGCCUGGUAACACGCAUGCGCACUGGAUGAUGUGCUUUUUCUACAAUUGCGAUCUCAGAUCAAAGAUGGCGGGCUCUUCCGACCCUCUGGAAGAUAUGUUAUUCUCCGAGGUGGACGAGAAAGCUGUUAACGACCUGGUGGACUCUCUGGAGUCACAAUUGGUGGGGCAAACAGACGCUGCAGGAAUACACACAGAAAACAGAAGCGCUGGCUCCACGACAAAUGCAAACAAUCACCACUUAGCGAGAUCGCUACCUACAGCCCAAGUGGGUACUCCAUCAGACCAGCAGCAACAAGGGCAACAGAGAGCGGAGACCGCGAACCCCUCCGCUGACACCGAGAACAGCAACUCUAAAAACAUCAGCCCGGAUAAAACUGUAAUAUCAUCUGCAGUGAACCCCAAUGCGACCUUCGAGCAGCCCGGCGCCAAUACUUCUACUACGGGGACUGUAGCGAUCGCUAGUUUGCCUGGAUCACAUGGACCCUCAUCACACACCAUCACAACAACACAGCAGUCCCCCGCUUCGGCAGUAGCAGACGGGGGAAGUUUGCCAUCAGCAACUGCAGCUAACAGGGCUACGGCAGAACAAACCUCCACCACCGCAACCUCCACCAUUAAGAAAUACACAAUCUCAACGCGGAGAAGUGCAGCAGCCCAGAGCCUAAACGGCACCACCACCACCACCACUGCUGUAACGUCAGUCAAGUCCCCCGUUACUGCUGCCACCAGCAGCGGUGCCCCUGUCGCUGUCCCCACUACGGUAGCUAGUAGUGGUUCGAGUAGCAGCACUACUGUUUUGGUGGCUAGUAGCAACACAAGUACCGCUAUCACCGCCACUCCAACUUCCUCUUCUCCAACGGCGUCCCAGUCUGGUGUUUCAUCCACGGCUGCACAGCCCACUACUGGUGCUGGUGCUGGUGCUGGUUCUUCUAUCCCGCUGGACCGCGGCACCCCCACCAUCGCCCUGCACCGACUGCCCAGUCACAUAGUGGCGAGCAUCGCCCAGAACGGAAACGGGACAUCUGUGGCGGCUCUGGUCCAGCAGGGAGCCCGGAUAGGAGCACCGCUGAGCGGCAGCAGCUCUGGAGCUGUCACCGCUGUCAGCGGCGCGUCCCCUGCUGCUCCACAAGUCGUCAACCACAGCAGUAAAGCUACAGCCACGGGCACUUCACCAUCACCAUCACCAUCACCGCACAACACGGUCAAGUCGGAGUUACCUCUACAGGGAAAGAAUGUCAUCCAGAGUCCUCCAGGCGCCGCUGUGAAUUCAGUAGUAAUCACCAGCCCUGUGGUGACACCAGCUGUGACGAACGCUGCUGUCGCUGUAACGUUACCCGCCGCGGCUGGUUCUGGCAGUCCCGUUACGCUCAACACCACGGCCGUGGCAGCUGUUGCAGCCAAACCCGCUGUCAGUGUAGUCGGGCAGCAACAGGCGACUGCCACGGCCAUGGGGAUGAUUCGGCCGGCGGCUCCUGUGUCUGCUGGCCCGGCGUUGGCCACUGCCACUGGGCCACAGCUUCGGCCAGGGCUCGCCGCUGCCACCGGUGCUACUGCUACCCCUCAGCAGAGGAUGGUGGGGGGAACCCAGCUGAUAGUCAGACCGCAGCAGCAGCAGCAGACCACGAUACAACUCCCGCCAGGAUUCACCAUCCCGCCAGGCAUGGUUCUGGUCCGUACGGAGCUGGGUCAGCUGGCGAUGGUUCCUCAGCAGGCGUUGGCUCAGGCCCAGGCUCAAGCUCAAGCACAGGCGCAGGCGCAGGCUCAAGGCAUCUCCCCCAGACCUGCCACCCCCACGACCGGAGCCACCUUUAGGGUCACCACGCCACAGUCUCCUGUGACGACUCCUGCCAUCCGUCCCGGCCCUGUGGUCCAACCGAAGGAGAUGCAGGAGAAUGUGAAGAAGUGUAAGAACUUCCUGGCGACUCUCAUCAAGCUGGCGUCCCACAACUCCCCCUCGCCAGAGACAUCACGCAACGUCAAGGCCCUCGUGCAGGACCUGCUGGAUGCCAAGAUCGAGCCGGAGGAGAUCAGAGGAAAGUUCACCAAUCGAAUCUCCUCCUGCAUCAGGAUCUCAGUACUCCCCCACUCUCUCCCACUUCUCAAUAAAAGUCUCCCAGCGUUGCGCUUGGCUCUCCUGAACAGUCAGCAGUCCCUGACUACUCCUCCAGGGGGCGCUAAGCCUCAGGUGGUGCCCGCCACCCCCAUGCCCACAGGAGCCGCUGCGGUGCCUGUCGUACGAGCUCGCCAACCCAACACCACCCUGACGACCUCACACACACCCGCUAUGGGUAUGAAGAGAAUGGGCGGGGCCCAGGUCAGGAUGCCCGUCGUCAUCACUCAGGCGGCCAGAGCACCAGGUAUGUCUGCGAAGGGCCAGGCUGUAAUAGCAGGUAAAGGCCUCCAGGGGGCGACUCAACUGCCUGGAAACCAGAAGAACAAACUCAACGAUCCGGGAGGAGGCUCAUUCAGGGACGAUGACGACAUUAACGACGUGGCCUCGAUGGCGGGCGUCAACCUUAACGAGGAGAGUGCCCGUAUCCUAGCAACCAACUCGGAGCUGGUGGGAACGCAGAUCAGAUCCUGUAAAGACGAGGCCUUCCUCCCGACACACCUCUUACACAGACGCAUCCUGGACACAGCUAAGCGGUUCGGCGUGUCGGAAGUUCCUCUGGAGGCCGUAAACUUCAUCGCUCACGCCACGCAGUCACGACUCCGGUCGCUACUCGAGAAGGUCUCUGCCAUCGCACAACACCGAAUGGAGACAUGCAAGGAUUUCCACCUGCUGUACGAGGAGGCUCGUUACUAUCAGCUGUCCCCCAUGAUUAAGGAACUGGAGCGAUGGAAGGCGGAGCGUGAGCAGCGGAGAACGGCGCCAGUGGACUGUCUAGUGGUCCGAGUCACGCCAGACCUGGGGGAACGCAUCGCACUCAGCGGAGAGAAGGUGCUGAUUGAGGAGAUAUUUCCUGAGACUGGAGACGUCAUGUGUAACUCCGUCAACGCCGGCUGGAAUCAGGACCCCACUCACGUCAUCCGCUUCCCCCUCAACGGGUACUGCAGGCUCAACUCAGUACAGGUGUUGGAGCGCGUGUUCCUGAAAGGUUUCAGCGUGGCGGCGUCGUGCGGGGGAGGGGUUGACUCCUCCCAGUUCAGCGAGUACGUCUUGUGCCGCGAGGACCGCCGCUCACACACACACACACACACCUCACACUCCACGCCACUCAGGAUAAAACAGGAGCCGCUCGACUAGAGACCGCACGGCAUGCUGGGAGAAAAUAUAAACAACAACAAGACUGACCUGUAAAC